AUGGCCCAAAAUCGGCCCAUGGAGUCCCGUGUCGGGCGGAAAAACCAACGCUACGGUUCCAAAGGCGAACGUCUCGUGGCCGGUGUCGUGCCCCUCUCUGCCGACAAGACGAAAGUCCUGAUGAUUCAGUCAGCCGGUCCUGGUGGUUGGGUACUCCCCAAGGGAGGAUGGGAGCUCGAUGAGUCCACCGCGGCACAGGCGGCGUGUCGGGAAGCCUGGGAAGAAGCCGGCGUCAUCUGCACAGUGCUUCGGGACCUCGGCUUAAUACCAGACAUGCGCCCGUCCGGUCUGUUGACCGCGCAGGCCCCCAAAGCCUCCUAUCAGUUCUUCGAAGUGAGCGUCGACAAGGAGGAGUCAGAGUGGCCAGAGAUGCACAAGAGGAAACGACAGUGGGUGGGCUUUUCGGAGGCUGCGACUGCGUUGGCCAAUCGACCCGAGUUGCUGGAGGCCUUGAAACGCAGCUCUUUGAAGCGAUAG